AUGGCAGCAAUCCCGUCGUCUUUAAUUGAAGAGUUCCUAAUGUCCAAUUUGAGUACUAAUCUCUACGACAUGAGUAACUUGACGCAGGACGAGGCGCGUCUCCACCAGAUUCUAAUGAAGUUCAGGCCCAAGAACGAGCCGUCCAGACUGAUAUCGGUGGAGUGGUCGGUAGCUAUUGGCAUCUUCUUUGUGGUUACUACAAUAUGUGGGCUUAUGGGCAACUUUACAGUAAUCUUGGCCAUCGCAGCUGAUCGUGGCAUGAGGAAGAGUGCGAUGAACUUGCUGUUGUUGAACCUGGCCGUGGCUGACGUUUGUAAUCUUGUAACAAUUAUAUUGGAAUGGAGUCCUGCCUUAGUCUACGGAUAUCCAGCAUGGGAGUUUCCCGCGUUUCUGUGUCCCAUGACCAGAUAUCUGGAGUGUGCCUUUCUGUUUGCGUCAAUCUUGACUCAGUUGAUAGUCUGCGUGGAAAGGUACGUCAUAACAAAGUCAAGACAUUAUCUGUUUUGUUUACAAUUAUUGUCACUGGACUGGCGGCAAUAAGUCGACUUAUAUUUAUAGUAAUAUGAGUAUAUCUAGGUUAGUAACGUUGCAGGUUUAUUGCCAUUGUGUUCCCUAUUCAUGCUCGGCAGUUUUGUACCAAGCAGAAUGUCAUCACCAUGGUUUGUAUUGUUUGGUUUACUGCCUUCUCCUUCUCUUUACCGUACGCUUUGGCGCACGUAAAACUUUCGAAAUGUGAGUAACUUGUUAUGAUACAAAUCUCAAGCAUUUGUAUAGCUGAGAGGUAUACACAUAUAACACGAUGCUGUAGCUAAACAUGCAAAUUACGUAGAUGUUAUUAUAUGUUGAAGAUCCUUAUGGAUCUACUAGGCAAAACAACAGCUUUAGUAUAACGUAACUUUCAAUGUAAUCAUUAAUAUUAUCAUAAAUAAAUACAUUGUAAUGUAAAGCCUGAUCAUAUAAUUUGAUUUCAGCUAACAAGUGUACCAACAUGUACGAAGCCAGUACCAUUUGGUUGUUGUACAAGUGGUUUGAGUUCAUGACAGCCUACUCCAUCCCGUGUACUGUAAUGGUCAUACUGUAUGGCAAAGUGGCAUGUGUGUUAUGGGCCAAGAACUCGAUGCUUCACAAUACAGAGUCACGGAACGUUGGGGACGACCGUCAACGUGGAGAGCCUUUGUACAUCAGAAGGAACGUGAUCAAGAUGCUGGUGGCUUGUGUGUUGUUGUACUUUAUAUGUUACUCGCCUAUUCAGGGGGUGUUUAUUGCCGGGUGAGAGUUUUGUUUGUUUUUUACUUAAAAGUGUUUACAAUAUAUACAUUUUGAAUAGUUUACUGUGACUUUUAUAAUUAAUACUGGUUAUUUUUACUAUAAUAUUACGAUCCCACAACUAACAUGUACAACAACUUUAGCGCGAUGUUCGGGCCAUCCAGCCGGCCGCCAUAUCAAGUAGUCUUACUCCUGAACGCUCUGGCUGUCAUGUGCAGUGCCUGUAAUCCCUUGUUGUACACCUUGUUCUCGAGGAAGUUCAGGACCCGGAUGAUGUUCAUCUUGACCUGUGGCAGACACGGCGCUUUCAAUUCACGUAACGAGGCUUCAUACUCUGUGGUCAAGUUGAACCGAGUACGUUAUUAUUAUAAUUAUUUCCCACCAAACAUACGACGGCUUUGUCUAGCACGUCUUAAGCAAGCCCACAGGCAAUGUUUUAAUUACAAAUUCGUAAAAUUAAAGUUUCAGGGUCAGGGUGGAUUGUUUAGACAUUUUUAUAUUUUAUUUUAAUUUCUUUAAGUUAAUGUAGCUUUAUACGGAAUUCAACUACAAUUUAGAACAAAUCGACCGGUGAACCAGAGAAAGAGCUAGGCCAGUUCGAGAUGUUGUUGAAGGAAACUGAAGGAGAAAAGAUCUCGUUCAUACCCAUCGAUGAACCAAACAAUGUCGCUGACACCACAAGUGUUGUACCUUCGGCUACAGAGUCCAUUAAUGUCGUCAAAAGAAGCCGUGAUCAUCGUACAUUCAUCUACACAACGUGA